AAACAAACUGAGUGUAUUAUUUACAACUUUACGGUAGAUGACUCUAUUAUAACCAAUUCUAUUCAAUAAUUUUGUUUUUCAUAAUAUUAUUAUGCAUGCUACUUUUAAGUAUUUUAGGGUAUGGACUACACAUUUUAAACACAAAGAGUUGCUAUAAUGGAAUAUAGAGGUCUCAUGGUAACAUAGCUUUGAAUCUGGUGGCUCAAACUAAUAUCUGGAUCAGAGGAAGAUAUGAGCUAUGAUACAUUGGAGCUAGUUUGUUAUGUCUCCUACCGACUCUUUUUACCAGCAGUGCUGGUUGUUGCAGCCUGCAUCAGGAUCUCAAUCGUUUCUUUGGUGUGGCUCAUGUUCUUUUUGGUUGUCCCAUGUUUACCAAAGUUUUCUUUUCGCAACUGGUUAACACACAAAAGUCUGCGAGUGUACAUAAUCUUGCUGCUGAUAAUAAGCACUUUGGCGUGUUGUGGACAUGUUGUCUUUUGGGCUUUACAGUUGAGCCACAAACUGGACUUCUCUGCAACUACUCUUUGUAAUUCUACAAACAUCUUGUUAAUGAACAUCGGAUACGAAUCGCUAAGUGCAGACGUAGUGCCGAAUGUGUUGGACAGAGUAAGGUUGAUAAUGCCUGAUUUUGUUGUGUUUGUAGUGGCGGUUGUCACCACGAUACUCUGUUUCAACUCACCCGCAGCUUCCCCCGAUCAUGUUGGCAAAGGAGUGACGAUGACCCGGUUCUGGAGGACAAUAGAACCGUUUGUGACGUCACUGUGUCUGUUUCUAGCGGGAGCAGCAGCUCCCUCGCUAGUUAGUGGGGUCUACUUCUUUACCUUCAUGAUAGUGUCCACUCUUUGGGCUGUUGGUAUAAAGUUCGGUAAACUGCCGCACGUAAAGCUAUUCCUACUGGUCCUAUGUGGAGUGCAGAUAGUUACACUUUAUAUCUACCAGUUUAAAGAGGUCCACACUCAUCUUCCUCCUGACAGCUUGACCGCCAGGUUGCUAGGAUACGUGCAGUACUACACUAGGACCUGUAAGGUAGAAGGAAGCACCAUAACAGCAAACCCUCUGCACCUCCAGUUCACUGACAAGCUCCAGAUUGGGGAUUACGCGUUUAUCGUGUGUCUGACGGCCCUGUACUUCUCUCUGGGUCUCUCUGCUAGAUACAUGGCUAAGGGUUCUGCGGCGCGGGUAGGUCUGAAAGCGCUAAAGGAGAACACGCGGCGCAGUAUAAAGCGCAUGGUUAGUGUGAGUCAGCAUGGUGAAGGUGGAGUUGACAUUACCGGGGAGCAAGAACCUGGCAGAUCUUCAGAUAUCUCAGAAAAUACAAGAUCUGGGGAUGAAAUGGUGGUUUUGUACCGAAGAUCCACAUGGCUGAUAUCAACAUCAAGAACCCAGCUCUCAAGUUUUAAACAGAAUCAGAGGGUCAAAGCGAAGGUGCUGACUGUAGACCCUUCUAAACGCAGACUGACUCUAACAUUGAAACGGAGUGUCGUCAAAAACAGUACGGCAGAUGUGACAGGAUACGAGACACUUGAAAAGAACCAACAAGUAACUGGUUGGAUAGCUGCCAUCAAACAGUUUGGUAUCAUCAUGAACUUCACCUCUAAAAUCAGGGGUUUAGUACACUCAAGUGAAAUAUCCAACGUGCCAAUGACCGAGGCAGAUAUAUGCAAACUGUACAGACUCGGGCAGGUUCUUUCUUGCCGAGUCGUCCACGUGAACCCAGAGAAAGAGAAGCUGUCUCUAAGUUUGAACCUACUGGAGGAAUUUGACACUAAAAACAGCGAAGAAAAGUCCGCCAGAUGGGCUAGACGAGGACAAAUUCACUCCUGCACAGUACUGUCACGUGCUAAAGGUGUAAUCGAGGGCUUUAUAGUACAACUAGACGCUACUAAAGAAGAAGCAUUCCUCCCAACCCACCACCUAUCAGAUUACGCCACACUGUCUGAUCAGAAAACCAAACAUCUCCAGCCAGGUUCCAAGAUUGAACCAGUCCUUGUAAUCAGCAAGAAAAUGAAGAAGGUUAAUGUUACCGCCAAAUCGUCCAUCGUCUGCUGGGCCAAAAGUUUCAAGGAAAUGCCCAAAAUCUCAGACCUGUCAGUGGGAGAUUUUAUCGUGGGCUACAUCAAGGAUUUCCAAGACUAUGGCUGUUUUAUUGAGAUCGGUAACGGUUUAGUUGGGUUGUGUCCUAAAGCUUGCCUGGCUGACAAUUUCGUCAGCAACCCCAAAGAUGUUUACAGUUUAGGAGAGACGGUUAUGUGCAAGAUAACCAACAUAGAUACGGAAAAGGAGCGUUUGUUGGUCAGUUUAAAGCACUCCGACGUGGGGUCAGAACCGUCUUUAACAGGAUCUAAACUAUUGGAGGGGUAUUUCAAGGAACUGGACACAUUUGCAGAUACCGUGGACCAACCUGCGGGAUCUAUAGUGGAAUGUAACAUUGAGAGCGUAUCAGAGAAAUGGUACGAAGUAAAAGUUGGAGAAGCGCCAGUGAUGGUUGAUAGAACCUGUGCUGAGGGCGAGCUAAAGGCUGGAGAUAAGAGGAAAGGGGUUGUUUUGGAUCACAGUGCAGGAACGUAUUAUCUGUCUCUGGAGCCGGAACUGGUGGAGAGUGUCGAGGGAAGGGGAAAGAGGAAGAAGUUGACUAAAGGAGCUGAGAUGUCUGCCACUGUAGUGUUAACGACUGAAGAUUACUUUGUAGUUGUUUUACCUGGGGCUGAUCACAGGUUUGGGUACGUGCACCGCAGAGCUCAUCUCAGUGAUCAAGGAAGCAGUUACAAGGAUGUCAAGUGUGGUGAUGAACAAACAGUCACUAUCAGCAGGGACAAGAAAGGUACGAGACUGUUACUCUCAUUUGUGAGUCCCACCCCCGAAACCGUUACCACACAACCACAACUUAAGAGGAAGAGAGAAGACCAUGUUAUCAAGUUUGACGAUAUCAAUAUAGGAGAAGUUUACACUGUCACUGUUAAGAGUGUAAAGCAACUUCAGCUCAAUGUUCAGCUUAGUCAGAAGGUAAACGGAAGAGUACACAUCACAGAAGUCACUGAUUCGCCUGAACCUAGUAGUAACCCGCUCAAGGAAUACAAACAUGGCGAUAGUCUACAUGUGAAACUCAUCGGAUUCAGGCAUUCCAAGACCCACCGCUACCUCCCAAUAACUCGGACUGACUACGUGAGAUCAAUGGGGGAGUUUAGUCUACGUGACUCUGUCAUCAACUCAACUAAAGUCAGGGAAAUCAAGGAUAACGAGAAGGUCGAUGAAACAAAGGACUUGAUAUCUUCCCUAGUGGUGGGGCAGCAGAUUACUGGUUACGUGAAAUGUAUAGACCAUUCCGGUUUCCUCUGGAUAAGUUUGAGUCCAGGAGUAGAAGCCAGGCUGUGGCACACACUGACCUCUUCUGACAAGGAGGAGGUAGAGAAGUGGACAGAGAGAUUCACUGUAGGACAGUGUAUCACUGCUACUGUCUUCAGUACCCGAGAUAACAAGAUAGAUCUCUCCCUUGUUGGUGCCUUGACUGCAGAUGCCAAGUUCUGGUGCCUAGUAAAAGGAACCCUGCCUGGUAUUGGUGUAAAACUGCAGCUUACAAACAGGGACUUUGGUAUUGCUCCACUCACCGAACUUAAUGAUAACUACACUAAAGACCCAUUGUCCAAGUACCACGAGAACGACUUGGUGCAGUGUGUAGUAGUGGUCCCUCCCACUAGCACGGACAGACGUAUGACACUGUCUCUCAGGAAAUCUAGGACCAGUCAGCGCUGGAAGAAAGCCACUGGAGGUCGGAAGGCAGCUAACAAGAUUAUCAGUAACCCGGCGGAUCUUGAGGUUGACUCAGUGUACAGCGGCUAUGUUAGAUCCACUUCAGCUACUGCUGGCAUUUAUGUGUCCCUCGGAUACAACGUUACAGGACGGGUGCUUAUGAAGAACAUGUCUGAUAAUUUCCUCAAGAAUUGGGAACCCAUGUUCCCCCUUGGAAAACUCGUGAAAGUAUUCGUACUGCACACAGAUCCUAAGGUGGAAUUAAGCAUGAAAUUGUCUGACCUGAAGAAAGGAAGCAAGAAGGAGGAGGAAGAAGAGGGAGGAGAGGAAGAAGUGCAAAGAUGUCUGGACGACAUACUGCUGGAGAAAUACCAGGACUCUGAUGGUGGCAGUGAUGGUGAGACUGGUGAAGCUGAUGAGUCAGAUGAUGAGGUUAUGGAGGUGGAGGAUGCCCCCAAGAUAGUCUUCACUUCUAAGAAGAGUGUGGAUUCCACCAACGUUGAUGAAGAGAGCGUCUCGUUGAGAGAAGUCCUGGCUGAGGAGAAAGAGUCCGAUUCUGAGGAGGAAGAUGGGAGUGCUAAAACAGACGAGCCAGAAGCUAAAAAGGGGAAGAGUUUCUUAAAACGUGAAAAGAAACGAAAGAAGGAAGAAGCAGAAGAAGAGAUCAGGAAGAUAGAAAUGAAGAGUAACUCAUCUUCUCUUGAGACUGAAGACGAUUUCGAGAGGGAGGUAGCGAGUAAGCCCGACAGUGGAGCUAGCUGGGUGUGCUACAUGGCGUACUGGCUCGGACUCGGCAAUGUGGACAAGGCUAGACUCACAGCCAAACGAGCACUGGAUACCAUCAACUAUCGACUAGAAGAAGAGAAGCUGAAUGUAUGGUCGGCCCUGUUUAACUUAGAGAACUCGUUCGGUACCCACGAGGGGCUGAUGGCAGUCUGCAAGGAUGCGGCUGCUGUCAACGACAGUAAGGCUGUCUUCCUCCGGCUUGCUGCUGUCUUGGACAAGUCUAAGAAAUACCAGGAAUUGGACGACGUGUACAGCUCGGUACUGCUGAAGAAGUACAAGAGAGCGAGGAAGGUUUGGUGCAACUACUGCUCCACUCUCGCCACCCAACAACGUCUAGAUGAGAUGAGAGAGCUCCUCGCUAAAGCUCUCAAAUCCUUACCCAAACAUAAACAUAUCAGGACGAUAUGUCACUUUGCACAGACGGAGUACAAGCAAGGAGAUCCAAACCGAGGCAGCACAAUGUUCGAGAACGUUUUGACAACUUAUCCUCACAGACUGGAUCUGUGGGCGGUUUAUCUGGAUAAGACCAUUGCUCUCAAUGACCACCAGCAGUCUAGGUUGCUACUUGACAGAAUGGUUGGACUAAAACUCCCAAUAAAAAAGAUGAGGUUCUUCUUCAAACGGUACAUAGAUUUCGAAACAGCUCACGGAGAUGAAGCCAAAUUGAACAGUAUCAGAGAAAAAGCACAAAACUAUCUCAGCUCAAACCAAGACGACUAGCGGGACAUGAAAAUUCGAUUUUUAACUUAUUUUAACCGAUUUAUGAGACCUGACGUUUUACGUUUUGAUAAGGAUAGUUUUUAACAACGAUUAUUUUUAUCUAGGCUUGCCUAGAAUAACUGAUGCAGCUAACAUCUUUAAUUGAAACUUAACAGGUUUUAAGAAUCAAUAUUGUUACAUUCUAUCGGAUCGAGACUAAAGAAGCUGUUAUCAACAAAGUACAGCCUAUAUUGUAUUGGUUUAUCAUUUUAACU